AUUCUUUGAACGACACUCAAAGCAGUCACAUUUUUUUCGGAACUAAAACUAUAAUUUAAUAGCUCACAUCAGCCAAUUUCGGACCAUAGACAAAACUUUUAGAGCUAGACCUUGGGGAUAAGAAGCCCUCUCAGCUCUAGCGUCAAGUGACGACGAGUGAGCCUCAGCGUAAUCUGGAAGUUUUGCGCUCAGUCUCUAUCAAAGAGCAAACUGCACUCGCCAACGAUCUCCUUGAGGAUAAAACCAGCUCUUUCGUAAUGGCUACUGGACAUUCCGGUCGCGGCAAGUUUCGAAGGACAGCGUGGUCGAGUUAAAGUCCGAAACUACUGCGAUUAAAACUUCUAUGGAUAUUCUUUAAAGUAACUUGCGGUUCAGCAAUUCCAGCAAAGCCGGUCAUCAAAGCAAGGUGCAAGCAUCCAGUUUUACGUUUCUACCACGCCAAGUUCGGCAAUAUUACCCAAAAGUGCUCGCAGCCCUGUUCGUUGGUUCAGCUACAGGGAAAUUAAAAGAGCUGUCUUCCGUACAGGACGAUGACAGCAAAAUCCAGAAUGCUCUGCCCUCCAAGUAAUUCGACUGCAUAUUUACGACCAUUGCAUCAAAUUUCUCAUUGAUUCCGGAUCAGUCAUGUCACUCAUAACGCUUUCGCUAUUAAAAAAAGGCAACGCUGUACAGACACACAUUAACGCAAUGUCGCUAACUCAUCAGUGAUUGAUACCAAUGGCACUCUGAGUCUAACGUUUGGCCGCAAUCUACAGCGCAAAUUCAACUGGCUUUUCGUCGUUAAUGACGUUUAAUCAGAAAUCAUUGCAGUUCCGUCAAAUUAAACAGCCAAUAUUCCGAGCUGCUUAGUCGUUUUAUCGAAACCUCUUUAACCCAUUCGACCCCGAAGUUGCCUGUGAGCAAUUUCAAAAGUUUAACGGCUAUCGGUAGUCGGUGCUUUUGUUUUUGUCUGCUUAUUCUUCGAGAUAACGGUGCUUUGAUGUGUAUACUUAGAAUGUAAGCAAAAAAAUUCUAGUUUGCGCAUCAUUUGACGAAAUUAUUUGGAAUGUGCUGGACGUGCCUCGCGUAAAAAGUGAUUGUUGUAUUGUGAGGUAUAUUGAAAAGAAAGUGAUUUACUUUUUAAUUACGCAUUAAAAGUUGAAGAAUCUGAGGAAUUUUCAAAGUAAUAAAGUUGCUUGUGAGCAACCUUGGGCCAUUGCACCACCAAAAUAUGAGACCAAAAGAAAAAGGUUUAUCAAAUGAUGAUAUUGAGAGAAUUGUCAACUUCGAUUGGGAUGUCUCCAGUGACGAAGAAAGUGGUGAUGAAAUGGAAGACAUCUCUGGAAUGUUGGAGAAUAAUUUAAAAAGUAUAUUGGAAAGGGGAGAAUCAAUAGAAUUUGAGCAUAUUGAAAAUUUGAUUGAUGAAAAAAGCAUUCAAGAAAAUAGUGUUGUGGCUGAUAAUUGCUUUGAAAAAGUUGAUCCCAAAACACUUAAGUGGAGAAAUAGGCCAUUUCAAGCUCCAGGGUGUAUUUGGGAAGAAGAUAGUAAUCGCCAAAUCGAUGAAGUGAAGACCCCUGUAGAGUAUUUCUGCAGCUUUUUUGACAAUAAUGUUAUUGAUUUAAUUACAAAUCAAACUAAUUUGUAUGGGUUGCAAGAGCACGGCAUAGAGCUGCAAUGUACUGGAGAUCAAAUAAAAGGUAUAUCGGAAUUUUAUUGUACUUGGGUGUCAUAAAAGUACCUCAAUUUAAAAUGGCUUGGUCAAAAGAAUACAAGCUUUCUGCUAUAUCGGAUGCAAUGCCACGAGGAAAGUUUGAAAAAAUCAAACAAUGUUUACAUUUCAACGAUAAUACAAAACAACUAAAAAAAGGUGAUUUGAACUAUGAUAAACUGUACAAAAUACGCCCUUUACUUGACAUUCUCAAAAAAAGUUUUGGUAAACUACCCCAAGAAGAACAUCAAAGCGUUGAUGAGCAAAUCAUUGCGUACAAAGGCCAAUCGUCUUAUAAGCAAUACAACCCAGCUAAGCCUCACAAAUGGGGUUUAAAAAUGUUUACGCGCGCUGGAACAUCUGGAUUAGUUUAUGACUUCACACUGUAUGUUGGCGAAGGCACUUGCCCAAACUUUGGAUUGGGAAUAUCUUCAGAUGUGGUAUUAUACUUAUCAAAAGGUCUUCCCAAAGGCAAACCUUUCAAGCUGUAUUUUGACAAUUGGUUUACGUCAGUUAGUCUCUUGGUUGCAUUGAAGGAAAAUGGCAUAUUUGCAACCGGAACUAUCCGCAAAAACCGCAUAAGCAGCUGUAGACUUCUUUCAGAUGCAGAAUUGAAAAAACGUGGAAGAGGAUCAUUUGAUACAAAAUAUGAAGUAAACAAUAAUCUGAUAUGCGUCAAAUGGUUUGAUAAUAAGUCGGUUCAACUACUAUCUUCGUAUGAAGACCAUCAGCCAGUUGGAAUGUGCAAACGAUGGAGUCCUAAAGAAAAAGUUUACAUUGAUGUUGUAAGGCCUGCUAUCGUAGGCUCUUAUAACAAGGGUAUGGGAGGAGUAGACUUAGCGGACAUGCUUAUGGAGCUAUAUAAAAUAAACCACCGUUCAAGAAAGUGGUACAUUAGAAUUUUUUAUUGGUGCUUGGGAACAUCAAUGACAAAUGCAUGGCUGCUGUAUAGAAAAAAUUUUCAUUUUCUAAACCCAAAUCAAAAGUAUAUACCGCUCAUCAAAUUUCAAAUGGAAGUUGCUCAUGAGCUGCUACAAUGUACUUACUCUACUUCAUUUGAAAAAAAGAGGGGUCGGCCAUCAAAUAUGCAAAGAGAAAACUCAAUAAUAUCUUUGGGUUCUCCAACUAGCAGUGUGUCUUCCAAUCAAUCCAAAAAAUCAGCCAAAUCCUACAAAUUCUAUGCGUUACGAUUGCAUGGAACAUUGGGUGGUAUUUACUGAAAAAGGGCGUUGCAGACUGUGUAAGACAGGAACCCCAAUGUCAAAAUGUAUUAAAUGUAAAGUACACCUAUGCUGUAACAACAAUAAAAACUGUUUUAUGUCUUACCAUACUUAAAAAUUGAAAAUAAACAAAAAUAACCAUCAACUAAAAAUGUAUUCUUUAAUAUACACUAUGGCCCAACGUUGCCCACAAGCAACAUCCGGUAGCGCCCAAACUAGUGGGGGUGGGGAGUUCAAACUUUACUCAAAUACUGCUUGGCCCAAUACAAACAGAAUACAAAAAAAAAAAUAUUUUUUUUUCGACAGGGAAAAAGUUGGGGUCGAAAGGGUUAAACAUGCGUCAAUAAUGACGUAGCGCAUUUUAUCGAGACAAUUGACCCCGUUUUCGAUAAGCCAAGACGGGGACUUCGACGAUUUAACAAGGAGUAUUUCGUCCUUCAAGUAGCCAAUGGGCGAACCCGAUUCACAACGAGUGUCGUACUAAUAGUGAUUAUCGCAAACUUAAUGCUUACACCAUUGGAGUCGCCCUGGCGCAGCAGGAUGGCGAUGUCUGGCUACCAGUAAGUUUCUUCUCUCGGAAACAGCCCUCAACAAAGCGAGGGCACAACACAUACGAUCUCAAACUACCGGCCAUAUUUUCCGGCAUUAUAGCUUCUAAACACAUUUUGGAGGGACGUUCUUCUUUUGUUAUAAAAACUGAUCAUAACCCAUUGCAAUAACCUUUAAAUCAAAAAUCCGCCAAAGCAUAUCCGCGUCAAUUGGAUUUCAUUUCUCAGUUUUUUACGGAAAUCGGUUACCACCCGUGGAGAACAAUGCAGUCGCAGAAGCACUGUCACUCAUAAAUGCAUAAAUGCAUAAAAGCAUGCCGACUAACGUCAUCGCCUAAGCGAUAUUUGACGCACAGCAAGCUGACAAGGAAAUUGCCGAACUGUCUGACCAAUUGACCAACUUGAUACAUUGAGUGAUAUUCCAUAUCUUUACUCCUCUUUCAAACAUGUCUGCGGAAACGGUUGCGAAGGCGUUGUACAUCCACUGGACUUACAAGCAAUGCAGUUGAAAAACCUUUGGAGCAACCCCAUACUGGACCACACCAAGUAGUUCACCGCGUGGAUGAGAAAGUCUACAUUAUAAACAUGGAUGGUCCCGAGAAAGCUUUACCAGUUGAUCUGUUUUCUCGACUGUGUGGAUUUCAGCCAGUCACCAGAACAGAAAGCUUUGCAACCGCCUUUGUCACAAUUUCCCGAAACAAUGCUUUAGCAGUUUUUUUUUACCUCGCCAGUCGACGAAGUCACUGGAGGGGGCAUAGAUGUGGCGACCAGGGCUCAGACCUAUUUCGCAACGCGAAGCAAUCAGCUGUUUUUAUAGGA